UCCAGUUCAUUUUUUCCCUCUCUUUUUCUUCAAAUUAAAUAGGGACAUGUGCGUUUUUGGUGCAUUUUGGUGCGUUUCAAAGCGUUUUUGCUGCAUUCCAGUACAGUUCUGUGCAGAAAAAAUGCAGCAUGUUCUACUUUUUUUAUGCAUCUGGAACGCAGUGGAACUGCAAGCACUGGUGUAAACUAUGACAUUGACAACCAUAUAACCUACUUUCUGUGCAUUUUGGAUGCAGAAAAAAAGCAACGGAAACGCAUGUAGUGUGAACUGGCCCUCAA